AUCCAAGAUGGCCUACAUACGGUCGGUUCUUAAUACGAUUUGUUCGUAGAGAUGGCUGCGCAGUAACACCCUUAGAUGUUCAAAUUUGCAAAAGCGUCUCACGUCGCUUUACGUUGUUCGUAAUCUCAUCGUUGGACAGUGUGAGCAUCAAACUUCCCCGAUUUGUCAAUUAAAAUUCAACACAUCUAUUAAAAAUGAGCAAAGCACAUCCCCCAGAAUUGAAAAAAUACAUGGACAAAAAGUUAUCCCUAAAACUAAAUGGCGGGAGACACGUGAUUGGCAUCCUGCGAGGAUUUGAUCCGUUCAUGAACAUGGUCAUUGACGAAACAGUCGAAGAAUGCAAAGACGGAACGAAGAAUAACAUUGGAAUGGUGGUCAUUCGAGGAAACAGUGUCAUAAUGCUAGAGGCGUUGGAUAGAAUAUAAUUAUUAAAAAGAAUCGGAUGGAAGAAUGUAUUUAAGAGAAAAAGAAAGAAUAAAAACAUUUUGUAUUUGUAA